UCCCAGUUACACCAGGACGUCCCUAUCAUUCCCCGACCUUUUGCCUCUCAUGGUUCUUCCCUCCCUCUUUCACAAAUCCUCCAAGAAGAAGCCCCAGCACCCCGACGUCCCUCAUCUCACCCCGGGUGCCCCAGCACGCAAAAGCACUCCAGGCACCCCUCCCGCGUCGCCGGACAAAAAGUCCCACCACCGCGUCAAGGAGCGGGAACGCGAGCGCCGUUCCAACUCCUACUCAUCGAAGCGCUCGUCCAAGUACGACCGCGAUUCGCACCCCCUCAACCUGCCGCCCGACGAGCUGCGACGCCUGUCAACGUCAGCCAUGUCUGCCAUGAGCGACCAGCCCACGCCGCAGCCCAUGGACGUGGACAGGGAAUUCACGUCCUCGCCCGCGCCGUCAAGCCCUGCAGCCGCCCAGGCCCCGGCCGCCUUCCCGAAGACUAACGGCGUCAACGGCGAGGAGACGCGGCCCGCUCCCCCUCCGCACCGAUACACAACGAGCCCGCCGCCGCAGUCAGCGAACUACGCUGCGACACCAGAGGCCGCGUCGCCGCCUGCACAGGCCCCGGCGAUAGAUGCGGAGGAGUACAAGGCAGCAGGGAACAAGUUCUUCAAGAUCAAGGACUACCCCGCUGCCAUCAAGGAAUACUCGAAAGCCAUCGAGGCGGAUCCUCAAAAUGCGACGUACUACUCGAACCGCGCUGCGGCUCUCAUGUCAGCAAACCGCUUCAUCGAAGCCCUGGAAGACUGCAAGGCCGCAGACGAACUCGACCCAGGCAACAUGAAAAUUAUGCUCCGGUUAGGGAGGCUGUACACUAGCCUUGGGCGGCCAGACGAGGCUAUUGCAGCCUACCAUUCCAUCAAUGCCACGGUGAAGGACAUGCAGCCUGCGCUCAUGAUGCAGCGGCACUUGAGGCAGGCCGAGGAGACUCUGCGGAGCGGCGGAUCCGGCUCCAUGAUCAUAUACGCUCUGAACGAGGCAGAAAAGGGUCUGGGGGCCAAGGUCGACAGGCCGAGGAAGUGGACACUGAUGCGGGGAGAAGCACAUUUGCGGAUGGGUAAUGUCAAUGCACUUGGCGAAGCUCAGAAUGUCGCAAUGAACCUACUGCGGGCUAACAGCCAGGAUCCGGACGCUCUGGUACUGCGUGGCCGCGUGCUCUACGCACAAGGCGAGAACGAAAAGGCGAUUCAGCACUUUAGGCAGGCGCUGAACUGCGAUCCCGACUUCAAGGACGCGGUGAAGUACCUCCGGAUGGUGCAGAGGCUCGAGCGGACAAAAGAGGAGGGCAAUCGAGCCUUCAAGGCCGGCCGGUUCCAGGAAGCGAUUGAUACCUAUACGAGGGCGUUGGAGGUUGACCCGUCCAACAAAAACACGAAUUCGAAGAUCCUUCAAAACCGCGCGCUCUGCCACUCGAGGCUAAAGAACUGGUCGCAGGCCAUUGACGACUGCGACAAAGCGCUCGAGCUCGACCCAGGCUACACAAAGGCGAGAAAGACGAGGGCCAAGGCAUUGGGAGAGUCCGGAAACUGGGAAGAGGCAGCGCGCGAAUACAAGGCGAUACAUGAAGCCAACCCAUCAGAGCCAGGCAUCGCCAACGACAUCAGGAAUGCUGAACUAGAGCUGAAGAAGAGCAAGCGGAAGGAUUACUAUAAGAUUCUCGGUAUCGAGAAAACAGCCACGGAGACAGAAAUCAAAAAGGCGUACCGCAAGCUUGCCAUCGUUCACCAUCCCGACAAGAACCCAGACGACGAAAGCGCUGCCGAGAGAUUCAAAGAGAUCCAGGAGGCCCAUGAGACGUUGAGCGAUCCUUCGAAACGUGAACGCUACGAUUCUGGAGCGGAUCUCCAGGACCCAGCCGACAUGUUUGGAGGUGGCCCCGGCGGUGCACCGUUUGGGGGGCAAAUCGACCCGGAGAUACUUUUCCAGAUGUUCGGCGGCGGCAUGGGUGGUGGCAUGGGCGGUGGUCGGGGAGGCGGCUUCAGCUUCUCCACCGGCGGCGGAAGCCCGUUCGGCGGUAUGCCCGGUGGUGGCCGAAGAGGCCAGCAAUUCCAGGGCGGAUUCCCCUUCUGAACAACGUCGUCCUCCUGAUGGCCCUAAAACUUUUCUCUCACAGGUACGUAAGUGCGGAUCUGCGGAUCAUUGCUCUGGAUUUUCUCAUCGCUUCCUGUCUAUGCCACAAGCAUUGAGGUUUCCGGGUCUUUCUCAUAUACGGCGUUGGAAUAAUACAGGGCAGCGCGAGCUUAGGAGGAGGCUCGAUAUAGGCUGCCUGGUUUGGUUGCGGAGCGAUACUGCAUUAUGGCCACGACUCUCGGUUGAUCUUGAUCAUCAGCAUUGCUCCGGCGUCAGUCUUUCCCCUAGCGGUGAUGAUAUCUAGACGGAGUCUGUGUAAUGAUAGGCACAAGGGGCAAAGGAGUAAUAUAUCAUCUUGACUGGCGCGCUUUGGUAUUGCCACCAUCAUUCCCUUGUGGCUCCAGCAUGAAUUUGCCCCCUCAGAGUGAACCGUUAGCCAAUGCUGACAU